GGGCGGGAGGGGUACUGACCCGAGGAUCGGUCCGAGACUCUGUACUCCUUGCUGCCCAGGCCCUGCGGGUUGCUGCUGGGCUCAGCGGACUCGCCCCAGGAGACCAGGAUGGAGGGUUCAGCUGACUCCUAUACCAGCCGCCCAUCUCUGGACUCAGACGUCUCCCUGGAGGAGGACCGGGAGAGUGCCCGGCGGGAAGUGGAGAGCCAGGCCCAGCAGCAGCUGGAGAGAGCCAAGCACAAACCUGUGGCAUUUGCUGUGAGGACCAAUGUCAGCUACUGUGGUGUACUGGACGAGGAGUGCCCAGUCCAGGGCUCUGGAGUCAACUUUGAGGCCAAAGAUUUUCUGCACAUUAAAGAGAAGUACAGCAAUGAUUGGUGGAUCGGCCGGCUAGUGAAAGAGGGCGGGGACAUCGCCUUCAUCCCCAGCCCGCAGCGCCUGGAGAGCAUCCGGCUCAAGCAGGAGCAGAAGGCCAGGAGAUCCGGAAACCCUUCCAGCCUGAGUGACAUUGGCAACCGACGCUCCCCUCCUCCAUCUCUAGCCAAGCAGAAGCAAAAACAGGCAGAACAUGUUCCCCCAUAUGAUGUGGUGCCCUCCAUGCGGCCUGUGGUGCUGGUGGGACCCUCUCUGAAAGGUUAUGAGGUCACAGACAUGAUGCAGAAGGCUCUCUUUGACUUCCUCAAACAUAGGUUUGAUGGCAGGAUCUCCAUCACCCGAGUCACAGCGGACCUCUCGCUGGCAAAGCGCUCUGUGCUCAACAAUCCUGGCAAGAGGACCAUCAUUGAGCGUUCCUCCGCCCGCUCCAGCAUCGCUGAAGUACAGAGUGAGAUUGAGCGCAUUUUUGAGCUGGCCAAAUCCCUGCAGCUGGUAGUGUUGGAUGCUGACACCAUCAACCACCCAGCACAGCUGGCCAAGACCUCACUGGCCCCCAUCAUCGUGUUUGUCAAAGUAUCCUCACCGAAGGUACUCCAGCGUCUCAUCCGCUCCCGAGGGAAGUCACAGAUGAAGCACCUGACUGUGCAGAUGAUGGCAUAUGAUAAGCUGGUUCAGUGCCCACCAGAGUCAUUUGAUGUGAUUUUGGAUGAGAACCAGCUGGAGGAUGCCUGUGAGCAUCUGGCUGAAUACCUGGAGGUUUACUGGCGUGCCACCCACCACCCAGCCCCCAGCCCUGGACUUCUGGGUCCUCCCGGUGCCAUCCCUGGACUUCAGAACCAGCAGCUGCUGGCGGAGCGUGGCGAAGAACACUCACCCCUUGAGCGGGACAGCUUGAUGCCCUCAGAUGAGGCCAGCGAGAGCUCCCGCCAAGCCUGGACAGGAUCCUCGCAGCGUAGCUCCCGCCACCUGGAGGAGGACUAUGCAGACGCCUACCAGGACCUGUACCAGCCUCACCGCCAACACACCUCUGGGCUGCCUAGUGCUAAUGGGCAUGACCCCCAAGACCGACUCCUCGUCCAGGACUCGGAGAACAAUCACAAUGAGCGGAACUGGCAACGCAACCGGCCCUGGCCCAAGGAUAGCUACUGACCGCCUCCUGCUGUCCUACCCUGGCAGGCACAGGCACAGCUGGCUGGGGCACCCACUCCAGGCAGGUUGGCAUUAGACUGGCACUAGGCUGGCACUAGGCUGAGCCCCUCACAACCCCUUGCCCAGCUCCAGGGCUGCCUGUGAUCCUAAUGUUCUGGGAAAAGCAGGGUCCCCCUUACCUCCUGGGCAGUGACACCCCUAGCCUCCCAUUCCAGGUACUAGCUGUGUGUGCUGCAACCCUGGCACCUUCCUCUCCUCCUGCACAAGAAGCUGCCCCACUGGGCAGUGCCCUCAGGCCAGGAUCCCCUUAGCAGGGACCUUCCCAUCAGACUCAGGGAAGGGAUGCCCCCUCAAAGUGACAAGAGGCUGGGGUGUGGGCAACAUGACAUGAGGAAGAAACAAGGCUCCUGAGCAGACACAAGUCCUAACAGUCAGAGGAUUCAGGCUUUGUGCUUUGGGGUCUGAGGACCUCCACUCACCUCACUGCCACUCGAGAAAAGAGACAAUCAAAGCCCAACAGGGUGGCACUCCCAUCCAUCAGCUGGGGAGGCAUCUACCUACAAGGCUGGAGUAGCAGGCUGGCUGGGCUGGGGCCAAAGGCCUUACAGCUGAGGGUCUGGAAUGGAAGGGCUCUCCUCACCCUGCCAGGAAUCUUCCUAACAUCGGACGGGACCAGGGACAGGAGCAUAGUCAAGCCAAAUGGUGGUAGGGAGCUGACCCGAGUUGAGGCUUUGGGAAGGGAGGGCAUGUGUAGCAGAGACCGUAUGGAACAGCUUUGGGGGCCUCCUUGCCCCCCUCAUCCUUUUGCUCUUGCAUCCUGUCAUUUCUGUUCUUGGCCCUCAUGCCUCCCGGGGCACAUGGGCCCCAAACUUUAUUCCCUCAUUCCAGCUGCCGCUUGUUAUGUUCCGGUUAGGUGGGGAGAGACAGGACACAGUGGACAGCCCUCAGAGGCCCUGUCUACCUGGCUACCCUUGCCUUAUGGCUCUAGUGUGUGACCUACAGAGCAUGCUCCACAAGACCCUGACCCACCUCACUGUCAUCACUAAUAAACACCAUGCACAGUC